CCUGCGUCGACUUGCACGCAUGGGCAGCAAAUUUUCAGAAUGGUGAUCCGCUUCUGGAUUGCGCGUAUGGGCGGAUAAGUCGACCAGCGACCAAAGAUUCCCCAUGUAGGCGCAUUUCGAAAAGGGAGGUAAAGGACCGAGGUUACCCAGCUUCCCCGUGCCUGGGGCGAACCGGGAGGGGGGGGGGGCGCCUCGGGGCCGACGGUCGGAUUGCUCAAGGGACUAGACAAGUUUGCGUAGGGCACCAUCGCGAUUCGUGGAGCGACAUGGUUAGAGAGACGAUGGACGACAGAAGCCCCAACGAAGGGACCUACCUGGUCUAGAUGCCACGUGAAGGCAUGGAAAAAAAGAAAAAGAAAAAGACGAGGAGCGGAACCCCCCCUCCCCGCUGAACAACGGCCCAGCUGAUGUACCCCUCCCGGCGCGCCUGGACCUGCGAACUUGCGAAGACUGCGAGAAUUGCGAGACGAAGCGCGUCCAACAGUUGAGGGAAGCGCUCUGGUUGUGCGAGCGUCGCGCGGAGCAUGAUCAAUGUCGGGUACGGAUCGUCGUCGUGAUUGGAGCGGGAAGUCGCAAAGAGGUAAAAUCGGUCUUACAGCGACCGAACAAUUCCCACAACGCGGCAGCGCCCCACCCCCCUGCCAACAAGCUUCGACCCUGCGUGACGUUGCGACGUGGGGAACCGGGGGACGACUAUUCGUCUCGAGGGGCCGCCGUGGGCACAUCCUCGACCUCCAAGAGGGGGUUGAUGAGGGGCUGGAUUAAAUCAUCGAGGGGCCGAAGAAGCUCCUGGUUGCUUGACCCGGAAAAAAUGAAGAAAAAAGAGGACUAGCGAGGGGAGAAAGAGUCCACGAGGUCUCCAAGGUAGGUAGGUAUUGGUAUGUGGCAGUAGGUAUAUAUCCAACCGACUGACCGUUCAGCCCGUGUGUGGUUUUGCGCUCCAGUUUUGUCUUCCUUCUGCUACUCCGUCUCUUCCUCGUCUCUCGUCCAUCCAUUCAUCCUUCCGCUCUUCAAGCUCCCGCCGCUGCCGUCAGUCGAUUCGCCGAUCUCUUGCACUCACGCUUCAAACACACCGCCGAAUCCCCUCGUGCCUCUUGGAUAGACACAUCUUUGAACGGUUCUCAGAAGGCCCUGUCGAAUCACAUACCCAAGCUCAAGAGCCCCCCCCCCCAUCUUACAAUGUCUCCCUCCGCUGUUGACCCUCCUGCGUCCGUCGGCUCUGUCAAGCCGUCUAAGGCCAACAUUGGCGUCUUCACCAACCCCGCACACGACCUGUGGAUCAAUGAGGCCGAGCCCAAGCUGGAAGCUGUUCAGGCCGGAGAGGGAUUGAAGCAUGGCGAGGUCACAGUGGCGGUCCGGAGCACCGGCAUUUGCGGGUCCGACGUUCACUUUUGGAAGCACGGAUGCAUCGGUCCCAUGAUUGUCGACGGUGACCACAUUCUCGGCCACGAAUCCGCCGGUGAGAUCCUCGCUGUCCACCCCAGCGUCACCCACCUCAAGGUCGGCGACCGCGUCGCCAUCGAGCCCAACGUUAUCUGCAACGCCUGCGAACCCUGCUUGACCGGCCGUUACAAUGGCUGCGAGCAGGUCCAAUUCUUGUCCACUCCGCCCGUCCCUGGUCUCCUGCGCAGAUACGUCAACCACCCCGCCGUCUGGUGCCACAAGAUUGGCAACAUGACAUACGAGAACGGCGCCAUGCUGGAGCCUCUGAGUGUUGCCCUCGCCGGCAUGCAGCGUGCUGGCGUACGCCUCGGCGAUCCGGUCCUCGUUUGCGGCGCCGGCCCCAUCGGCCUCAUCACCCUUCUCUGCGCCAAGGCCGCCGGUGCCUGCCCACUGGUCGUCACCGACAUUGACGACGGACGUCUGGCUUUCGCCAAGGAGCUGGUGCCCACGGCCAUCACGCACAAGGUCGGUCGUGGAACUGCCGAGGAGGAGGCCAAGCGCAUCGUCGAGUCCUUCGGAGGCGUCGAGCCCGCCGUGGCCAUGGAGUGCACCGGCGUUGAGAGCAGUAUCGCCUCUGCCGUCUGGGCUUCCAAGUUCGGUGGCAAGGUCUUCAUCAUCGGUGUAGGCCGUAACGAGAUCAACUUUCCCUUCAUGCGCGCUAGCGUCCGCGAGGUCGACAUCCAACUGCAGUACCGCUACUGCAACACUUGGCCCAGAGCCAUUCGGUUGGUUGAGAGCGGUGUCGUCGACCUCAGCAAAUUGGUGACGCACAAGUUCACGCUUGAAGACGCCCUCGGCGCUUUCGAGGCGGCCAGAGACCCCAAGUCGGGUGCGAUCAAGGUUAUGAUCCAGAGCCUGGACUAAGCUGCGUUGGUGUGACAGGGUUGGUGUUUUUGGGCAUAAUCCGGAGGUGUUGGCGAUUUGGUGUCAUGAAUGACUGGUUCUUUCCCUCUAUUUUCUUUCUGUUCGUUUUGGAUAUAACUUAGACGUAUUCCCAAUGAAACCG